AUGGCCGCCCAAGGCUCAGAUAGCCCGACUACUUCGUUACCUUAUGUUCCGCUGAACUCGUACUCGACCGCUGCGCCGGCCACCGGAGGCGACUCGCUCACCGAGGACCUCAACGUAUACUACCAGAGCGGCGAUAUCGCCUUCAUCAUCAUCUGCACCGCGCUUGUGAUGCUCAUGAUCCCCGGAGUCGGAUUCUUCUACUCUGGCCUGGCGCGCAGGAAGUCCGCUCUGUCCCUACUAUGGCUCUCUGUCAUGGCGGCGGCCGUCGUGUCCUUCCAGUGGUUCCUCUGGGGAUACUCUCUGGCCUUUUCUCAUAAUGCCGGCAGGUUCAUUGGCACUUUGGACAACUUUGGGUUCAGGAAUGUACUGGGUGCACCGUCGGUCGGCAGCGCGAAGAUUCCCGACCUGCUCUAUGCGGUCUACCAAGGCAUGUUCGCGGCCAUCACUGUUGCCCUCGCAGUCGGCGCCGUAGCAGAGCGCGGCCGUAUGCUUCCUUGUAUCAUCUAUAUGUUCAUUUGGACUACCAUCAUCUACGACCCGAUCGCCUGCUGGACGUGGAACCCAAGGGGAUGGGCCUUCAUCAUGGGUGGUUAUGACUUUGCCGGCGGUACCCCAGUCCACAUCGCCUCUGGCUGCGCAGCGCUGGCCUACUCGUACAUGCUCGGCAAGCGGCGCGGACAUGGCACCCAGGAGCUCAACUAUCGCCCGCACAACGUUACGCACAUCGUCAUCGGCACCGUCUUCCUUUGGGUAGGCUGGUUUGGCUUCAAUGCCGGCAGUGCCCUGUCCGCCAAUUUGAGGGCCGUCAUGGCCGCGUUCGUUACCAACCUUUCGGCUUGCGUGGGCGGCAUCACGUGGUGCUUGGUCGACUACAGACUCGAGCGCAAGUGGUCAACGGUCGGGUUCUGCUCUGGCGUCAUCGCAGGACUGGUCGCAAUCACCCCCGGUUCUGGUUUCGUGCCUGCUUGGGCGGCGGUCGUCUUCGGUGUCGUCGGCGGUAUCGCUUGCAACUACGCCACAAAGCUCAAGUACUUCCUUCGCUGCGAUGAUGCGCUUGACAUAUUCGCUGUUCACGGGAUUGGGGGACUUGUUGGCAAUAUCCUCACAGCCAUAUUCGCCGCCAACUACAUCGCUCAUCUCGAUGGCACUACACAGAUCGUUGGCGGCUGGCUCAAUGGAAAUUACGUGCAAAUCGGCUACCAGAUUGCGGACUCUCUGUCUGGCGGUGCCUACUCGUUCGUUGGAACUUGCCUCAUCCUCGCUAUUCUAGAUUACAUUGGCAAGUUCUUGCCAAUCUUCAGGCUCCGCACAAGCGAAGAGGACGAGGUUCUGGGUAUUGAUGAUGCGGAGAUCGGCGAGUUUGCUUACGACUACGUCGAGCUCACUCGCGAAGUCGCCAUGCCGGUGGACGAGGAUGACGUGUCCCGCCGUUCCAUCCCCAACGAAGGCAGCUCUGUACAGGUGAACCCGCACGAAAAGGACUUCCCGCAAAACAGCUUUCCGCAGAGCUUCUCGCAUGCGCACUGA